AUGGCCUCGAGAACAUCUCGCUCAAAGUCAGGAUCAGCACAUCAAGGUAAAGUGCUUAGUCGUCGUGAUCCCGUGCCACUUGGCAAAUCUCGUCUCCAGACGCAGUCAGCAAAUGCUCAGACAGCCCAGACACGGAUUGGGAUUACAUCAUAUCGCACGAAGUCUGAAGGACCUGCAAGUCUCCACGAAUCAGUCCAGACUCCAGGAAGAGACACCAGCGGACCACUCCGUGUGCGCGCAAACACCAAGAGGCGAAGAUCGGUGACAGCAAAUCUCGAACAAGCAAGUCAGAUUCGAAAUUCAAGCAGGAGUCCACUGCGCUCGAGUGCUAGGCUCGCUUUCCCUUCAUAUGGUGGACAUGGCAACAAAGACCUAUCACGUGAAACUGAUGCUAAAGGCCAUCCAUUUAACGAGCGUGUCAGAAUUUCAGCUCGUGAAGAUGCUCCUCAACGUGAACCUUCAAGAGGUAGACGACGCUUUCGAAGUCCAACCCCGUUUCCAAUCGUCCAAGGCACCCAAGUCGUUGCAGCCAUCCAGGAAAUUCCCGUGUCGGGACAUGAAAGAACACGACCGCAUAGUGGCCGACCGACAGAGAAACCCCAUGAUGCGGAACAACCUAUCGGCCACAACAUCGACAAAACCACGGUUCCUCGUGCGAGAGCAAAGACGCAAGAUUCUAAACGGAAUGCUUGGCGAGCUGUGAAGGGUGGAUUCUUGGUUUCCAGAAACGUGCAAGCUGAAAAUUAUCUCUUUCCCAUACGAAAGGGUAAACCAGACCCGGUAUGGCGAGCAGGCGACGGUUUCUCAGACGAGGAAGCUGCCCCGGACUUUCUCUUCUAUGUCACGGGACAGAAGAAGCGCAUGAAACCGGCAUCAACGACAGAUUUCGGGGUCCUCCCUCUUCUUCCAGCUAUGGAUGAGCAUCCAGGUAGCAUCCGACAUUCUCGGAAACGACGAAAGGUGGGCGAGAGUUCACUGAUUGACCGUGCGGCACUGUUGCGCGGAGUCGCAAACGAACCAUGGCCAACGUAUAAGAAUUUUAUGGAGAGUAGCUUGCCUGCUCGCACACAACAGAGCUUGAUUCAAGACCAUGCCGCUGUCCGCACGCAUCUUUCCAAUCAAGUUCAGUCUUCCUUGGAAAAAGCCACACCCAAGCCUCAAUCAACAUAUCAGUUGCUUGCACGGUAUGGGAAAAGCCCUUUACAUUUCAAGGGGCGUGUCAAUACUGACAGGCCGGAUGCCCGAGGUGCAUAUAUUCCCCAGUCAUUGCCCACAAGGCCUCUGAGUCUUUCAGGUUCUGCAGGCGAUAAUGGCAGGGAGUCGUCCAUAAGUUCCGAUCAAGACUCUCAGAGCAGUAUCGUUCCAAAGACAGAGCCCAGCCUAAGCGGAUCUGACGAGGGUACGCAAUCGGACAGAACCGACACUUCUGACCAAUCUGACCAGACUAUUCGCUCUUUUUGGGCCGCAGACGGGAGCCAUUUUUACCCCGAGGAUAAUCUAGUGCAGAGAGGAGUGGCUUCACACUUCUCCAACGGCGAUGAUGAUGAUGAUGAAGACUAUUAG